GCAAAUUUCUACGCAUGGGAUUACAGGACCGGAGUCCAAAGGUGGAUUCUUCCUUGACUUUCGGUUGGUUGUCGGGUCCUCGGAGCCCAGAGUGGCACUGGGCCCGUGGGACUCCCGGAUUCAGCCUUGUGCUCGCUUGUCCACCUGAGAAGGCGGCGAAGGGGACUCAGGAGCCAGAGGCCGAGGUCCCCGCGCGGCUGCAAAGUGACACCAGCGCCCCCGAGUGCCCGGGCCACGCGCAGGGCCCGCCAGGCUGGCGCGCCAUCCUCCCCGCCCCCCGCACCGCUCCUCCCGGUCCCCACCCUCCACGUUCCCACCCUCCUCCUCCGCCCCCGCCCCUCCCCCGCUCCCCGCCCCACAGCGUCCCAGCCGCCCCGGCCGUGAGCGCAGGCGGCCCUGCCACCGCACCUGCUGGGCGCUCGCUCGCUGCUGGCACCCGAGCGCCACUGCUCGCACCCAGCCCUUCCCCACUGUCGUCGCGCGGUCGAUGA